AUGGGUGCAUCUGUAGCUGCCGAUAGGCUAUGGCAACAGGUGUCCCUAGCGAUUCACUGCUGCUCCCCGUUUCGCUUACUUGUAGAUAAAUUUUGCCAUCGUUCUACUGUACGAUUAUGCACCCUCCCUAAGUCCCACCCCCUUCAUCCCCACGUUGCACGAGUCAGCAGGCACACCCCCCGCCACCACCACUCUCCCCUCCACACCCUCUUCCGCCUUUACGGUAGCACACUGACACCAGAGUCCACGGAGACGAUCCUCCCCGUCCGCGAUCCCCCAGCCCCUCUUCACACAAGCAUCGCGGACAUGAAGGAGAAGGCGGACGAGUCGGACGAGCGGUGGAGACGCAAGGCAGGAGUGACCAUCUACACGGAUGGCUCGGUCAUUGACGGCCAAGUCGGAGCGGCCGUGGUUCUCAUCCGCAAGCGGGGCGGCACACCAAAGGUCCUCCGAUACCACCUGGGACCGGCGACGGAGCAAGGGAUAUUCAAUGCGGAGACGUGCGGCCCCAUACUGGCCGCGCACAUGCUC